CAUCUUUCUUGUUUCUUCCACCCUGUGAAAAUUCCUUAAAGAUGUAGCAUACUAAGUGUUAUAAAGGAAGGAAGCCUUCAUUAAUGGUUUAAAUCAGGGUUGCUCUACCGCAGCACUGUUGAUGUUUUGGGCUGGAUACUUGUUGCCAGGAGCUGUCCUGUGCAUUGUAGGGUUGUUAAGCAGCAGCCCUGGCUUCUACCCAAUAUUGUGACAAUCAGAGAUGUCUCCAGGCAUUACCAGAUGUCACUUGGAGGGCAAAAUUGAUCAUGGUUGAGAAUCACUGAUUUAGCUCCCCUGUUAAACAGCCUUAAAGCACAUUGUACUUUCCCUUCGAGUGAUUACUACAGUUUUAAGUAAUUAGUAUUUGUCUUUCCCAUCAGACUGUAAGUUCCAUGAGGACAGUGACCAUAUAUUAUUGCUUCAUAUCCUUGGUACAUAGCACAGUGCCUUAAUACACAGUAUACACUAAAUACAGAUUUCUUGAAUGAAUGGAUGGAUGACAUACUAGGCAGAUGAGUGACCCUGGACCAAGCGUAGUUAACACUUCUGGACAUUUUGUUUUCUCCUCUGUAAAAUAAAUGACCAAUUUGAGAUUAUAUUUAGAUUUCCUGAUGGAAGAUUCUUAGACUAUAAAAUUAAUAUUUUGAAGGACUUAGUAUAUAUAAACAUUAUUUUGAAGGUCAUUUUAUGGCACUGUAGGAGUAUAGGAGAUUAGAUGGAAAAUUUUAAAUAAAAACUGAUGUGUUUAUAAUUUCUUACUAAGGGGGAGACUUAUGAGGGGACUUGGCUUAGAAUGAGUCAUUAUAUUACUACUUGUACAUGGAAUUUCAGAUAUUUCUUUCUAGGGCCAGUUUUGCUGAUAUUGGACAACUUCUAACUCAUAGUGGUGUGAGAGAAUGUAAUCAACCUUGACCUUGAACACUGGCUGAGCUCCUAAGCUCUUAAAUGAACUCAUUUAUUCUGGUUUUGUUUUCUCAACAUCUUUCUCUACUCCUCUCUCUCAGGAUUGUGCCUCUACUCCUGCUUGUACAGACUGCUUUUCCAGCAGCAUGGACACAAGAAGCAUACUGUAUUCCCUGAAUGACUACAAACCACCAAUUUCUAAAGCAAAGAUGACCCAAAUUACUAAGGCAGCCAUCAAAGCUAUUAAGUUCUAUAAACAUGUGGUACAGAGUGUUGAGAAAUUCAUUCAGAAAUGUAAACCAGAAUACAAGGUACCUGGACUUUAUGUUAUUGACUCCAUUGUACGACAAUCUCGACAUCAGUUUGGUCAAGAAAAGGAUGUGUUUGCACCCAGAUUUAGUAAUAACAUCAUUAGUACUUUCCAGAAUUUAUAUCGUUGCCCUGGAGAUGACAAGAGUAAAAUAGUGAGAGUAUUGAAUUUAUGGCAGAAGAACAAUGUAUUUAAGAGUGAGAUUAUUCAGCCUCUUUUGGAUAUGGCAGCAGGGAUUCCUCCUCCAGUUGUCACACCUGUUCUGGCCAGUACUACCGCUGCUAUGAGCAAUACCCCGGGAACUCCUGUGACACCUGUUACUCCCGCCAAUGUCGUCCAAGGUUUACCUGAUCCAUGGGUAUCCCAGAUAGCAAAUACAGAUACACUUACAGCUGUAGCUCAGAUCUUACAAAGUCCUCAAGGACAGCAGUUUCAGCAGUUAAUACAAACUUUACAGAUACAGCAGCAGAAGCCCCAGCCUUCCAUUCUGCAGGCCCUGGAUGCGGGUCUUGUUGUUCAGUUGCAGGCUCUGACUGCACAGCUUACAGCUGCAGCUGCAGCAGCCAACACCCUCAAUCCCUUAGAACAGGGAGUGUCUUUUAACAAGAAGUUGAUGGAUAGGUUUGAUUUUGGGGAAGAUUCUGAGCAUAGUGAAGAACCCAAAAAAGAAAAUCCAACGUCUCAACUUUCUCAUGUUUCAGAAUCUGUGAACAACUCCAUUUUUCAUCAGAUAGCAGAGCAGCUACAGCAGCAAAACCUUGACCAUCUCAGGCAGCAACUCCUGGAACAGCAGCAGCCUCAAAAGGCAACGCCUCAGGACAGUCAGGAAGGAACAUUUGGAUCAGAGCAUUCCGCCUCACCCUCACAAGGGAGCAGUCAGCAGCAUUUCCUUGAGCCAGAAGCAAAUUUGGAUGAUUCCAUAGAUAUUCAGCAACAGGACAUGGAUAUAGAUGAAGGGCAGGAUGGAGUGGAAGAGGAGAUCUUUGAACAAGAAGCAAAGAAAGUGGCUGUUCGCUCGAGAUCGAGAACACAUUCACGCUCUCGUUCAAGAUCACCAAGAAAACGGAGAUCUAGGUCCCGGUCUGGAUCUCGAAAGCGUAAACACAGAAAGCGGUCACGCUCGCGCUCAAGAGAAAGAAAGAGGAAGUCAUCACGCUCAUACUCCAGUGAAAGGAGAGCUAGAGAAAGGGAGAAGGAGCGGCAGAAGAAGGGGCUGCCUCCUAUUAGGUCUAAAACAUUAAGUGUGUGCAGUACUACUCUCUGGGUUGGUCAGGUGGACAAGAAGGCUACACAGCAGGAUUUAACCAACCUAUUCGAAGAGUUUGGACAAAUUGAAUCCAUUAAUAUGAUUCCUCCCAGGGGCUGUGCUUAUGUCUGCAUGGUUCAUCGACAAGAUGCAUUUCGGGCUCUUCAGAAACUUAGUUCUGGAUCAUAUAAAAUUGGGUCCAAGGUCAUUAAGAUUGCUUGGGCUUUAAACAAAGGUGUAAAAACAGAAUACAAACAAUUCUGGGAUGUGGAUCUUGGAGUUACAUAUAUACCAUGGGAAAAAGUUAAAGUGGAUGACUUGGAAGGUUUUGCAGAGGGAGGCAUGAUUGAUCAGGAAACUGUAAAUACUGAGUGGGAAACUGUGAAAAGCUCAGAACCUGUUAAAGAGACGGUCCAGACAACUCAGAGCCCACCUCCAGUUGAAAAGGAGACAGUGGUCACAACCCAGGCAGAGGUUUUUCCUCCACCUGUUGCUAUGUUACAGAUUCCAGUAGCACCAGCUGUGCCUACAGUUAGUUUAGUCCCACCAGCAUUUCCCGUAUCGAUGCCAGUUCCUCCUCCUGGAUUCAGUCCAAUCCCUCCACCUCCUUUUCUGCGGGCAAGUUUUAACCCUUCACAACCACCUCCUGGUUUCAUGCCACCUCCAGUUCCACCACCUGUUGUACCACCGCCUACUAUUCCACCAGUAGUGCCAACACCUUUGGUACAGCCGCCAUUAUCCAUGACUCCAGAAACUGUGAAAGAGGUUGGAUUUGGUAGCCUUGUUCUACCCGGUGGUUCUGUUGCCAGCAGUCUUGCUACUUCCACUCUGCCAGCUGGAAAUGUUUUUAAUCCUCCCCCUAAACAAGCAGAGCCUGAAGAAAAAGUACCUCACCUUAUAGAACACCAGAUUUCUUCUGGUGAAAGCACCAGACCAGUGAUUCCAAAUGAUAUUCCAAGUAGCUCUGCAAUUUUAGGAGGACAGCCACCAAAUGUGACAAGCAAUUCUGGAAUUCUUGGAGUUCAAAGACCAAAUGCAUCAAGUAAUUCUGAAAUUCUUGGAGUCCGGCCCUCUAACAUUUCCAGUGGUUCUGGGAUUAUUGGAGCCCAGCCACCAAAUAUUCUAAAUAACUCUGGAAUUUUGGGAAUACAGCCACCAAGUGUUUCGAGUAAUUCUGGACUUUUGGGAGUGCUACCUCCCAAUAUCCCUAACAAUUCUGGACUUAUAGGAGUACAGCCACCAAAUGUUCCAAAUACAUCUGGACUUUUGGGAACACAGCCACCAGCUGGGCCUCAAAACUUACCCCCUUUAAAUCUCUCUAAUCAAAGGAUGCCUGUAAUGCCAAUGUUAGACCUUCGUCCAGGACUAAUACCACAGACACCUGGACCAAGAUUUCCUUUGCUACAGCCUGGAAUUCCACCCCAACGAGGAAUCCCUCCCCCAUCAAUACUUGAUUCAGCUCUUCAUCCUCCGCCUCGUGGUCCUUUUCCUCCAGGAGAUAUUUUUAGUCAGCCAGAAAGACCUUUUCUAAUUCCUGGAAGGCAAAGUAUAGACAAUAUUACUAAUCCAGAAAAAAGGAUACCACUUGGGAAUGAUAACAUUCAACAGGAAGGAGAUAGAGAUUACCGGUUUCCGCCUAUAGAAACCAGGGAAAGCAUGAGUAGACCUCCCCCAGUGGAUGUUAGGGAUGUGGUUGGACGGCCUGUAGAUCCAAGAGAAGGUCCUGGAAGGCCUCCAUUGGAUGGUCGGGAUCAUUUUGGAAGACCUCCUGUAGAUAUUAGGGAGAAUCUUGUGAGGCCAGGUAUGGAUCAUCUUGGUCGAAGAGACCACUUUGGCUUUAAUCCAGAGAAGCCGUGGGGGCAUAGAGAUUUUGAUGAAAGAGAGCAUCGGGUUCUACCUGUCUUUGCUGGUCCAAAAGGCUUACACGAAGAAAGAGGUAGAUUUCGGCCUGGAAACUAUCGAUUUGAUCCUAGAAGUGGUCCUUGGAACAGAGGAUUUGGACAAGAAGUUCACAGAGAUUUUGAUGACCGCAGAAGACACUGGGAGAGGCAGAGGGAUAGGGAUGACAGAGAUUUUGAUUUCUGCAGAGAAAUUAAUGGAAAUCGUCUUGGACGAGAUAGAAUUCAAAACACUUGGGUCCCCCCUCCUCAUGCUCGGGUUUUUGAUUUCUUUGAAGGGGCCACUUCUCAACGAAAAGGGGAUAAUGUGCCUCAGGUUAAUGGUGAAAAUGCUGAGAGACAUGCUCCACCACCCCCCUUACCAGUACAGAGUGAUCCCGAACUUUAUGAAAAACUGACAUCUUCAAGUGAAAUAAACAAGGAGAAGAGUGACACAGUUGCUGAUGUAGAAAGUGAACCAGUGGUAGAAAACACAGAAACUGAGGGGACAUAAUCAUCACUCAGUAGGUAAAAAGAUACCUUUUGUAAAGUUGUCAUCUCUGUAAUAGAUUAAUGGCUGACUGGACCAUAGGUGUUCACUUUUGUCUGCCAGAAUUAAGUUAACCUGAUGUUCAUGUUCACUUUUCUCUUAAAAUAAUUGUACAACUGACUUGUAUAGACAUUGUUCUUAAUAUGAACAUGGUAGGUAAACAUUUUUUAUUUUUCUGAUAAAAUAUAAAUGUUGCCCCCAGAUUCUUUUAACUUCAAGGAAAUGAAUAACAGCUUGUCAGAGACUUCCUAUGGAAGAAAGGAUUUUUUAGAUACUACCAUUAGGUUGGCUAUGGUAAUAGAUAUAUUUCAGAAUAGCAAGCCGUGGUAUAUCUUAUCCAUAUCUUUAGGCUGCUGCAGAAUUUUAAGAUAAUAGACAAAGCUGUGAUAUUUUAUGCAAAGACUGGCUCUAGGUAUUUGAGGAGCACAAUACAGAGAUUUUAAAAAGUGAUUUUGUAAAAUCUACACUAUGGUCUCUGUUUCUCCAAAGUAAGUGUUUGUGAUUUGUUCCUCAUACUGCAGUGAGUAAAAAGAAAACAGAAAACAACAACAUAAAUAUGAAAGUACGUUUCAAUGUUGAGUGAAUUUUGUUUUUAGAUGCCAAUAAAACUUAUUUGUUUGAUAACAGUGUUCUAGGAAUUGUAUUUUUUUAACCUACAAAUUCUUAAAACCCUGAAUCAUUAGCAGCAUGUGCUUAGUUGCAAAAGUUUCCUAUUAUUAACAACAACAAUGAAGAACUGUGUGGUGGAACAAGCAUGUACUCUAAUAUAAAAAUCAUGCAGUCUCAUUAGUUUGUAUGUAAAAUCUGUGUAUAUUUAUUGUGUAAAUCAUGUAGGUUAUUUUGUUUCUCUGUAUGUCUGUAUUCAUGCACAUACAGAGAAAAACAGAAGUUGAUAGUUUAGAUAAAAUAUUUUUUAAAACGAUAGAAUUAGAGAAAUUUGGCUACUUGACAUUGCUCAUAGUUAACAGCUCUUAGCCUUUAUGAAGGGAAAAUAAGAAAUACUGUAAAGAAUACAUUGGACAUUUGGUAAUUUUUUAAAAAUAUAGUUAAGCAUGAAGCCAAAUUUAGCAUGGACCCAGAUUUCAUGUAAAUGCUUGCAUUGCUUUGUGGCACACCGUAUUGACCAUUCUGUAUAGGUAGUGCUAGUACUAAAGUACUGGCUGGUCACUUGCCUGAAGUGAGUAUCUUAAUGGCACAAAAUGUAUAGUGGUGUUGAUGGAUUUAAAAACACUAAUUUGUAUACCAGGAACAAAGUGUCCAUCGUGUGUUUUGUAGGCUCUGGGUAACACUGUGCAGAUUAAUCUCCAAGGUAAACUGAGUAGCAGAAGAAUUUGGUCUUGGUUUUCUGUUAUUUAUUUUUUGUUUUAAUACUCAUUCAUUUGCUGUUUGUGUCUCCUUUGGAUUUUACGUUUAUAUACACAUAUAUAUAGAACCAUUGGUGUUUUUUCAUUUCUAAUGAUGGCUUUCAUUUGGUCCUGUGAAUAGUCCUUUAGUGUCCUGUGCAUUUUCAACAGUUCAUCAUUUGCUGUAUUUAUCUAGAAUUCCUAAGUUAGGUUUGUCAACAAACCGCCCUUCUCCCCCACCUCCCCAUCAUAAGAUCUUGCCAGCUAUUUAAAAUUGGAUGUUUUUGCUUACCUUAUCUGAUGAUCUAGAGAACUAUAGAGUUUUAAGAUUCCUGGCCAAAAAUAAAGUCUUUUCUUCUUACAGGUUCUGAAAUAGAAAUAGUACAUUAUUUAAUUUGUUAUUUGGAAAAGUGAGUGAGGAGGAAGUCGGUGUUUAUUUUUAAGGUAAUUCAGUUCAAUAAUUUGAGUUGAUUUCGGAUCUUUUCCUUAGGGUAAUGGGAAAAACUGUGACAAUGGUACAAAGUUUUAUGUUUGGAAAAGAUCUGCCUUGUCUUCAAGGAAAUUAUAUUCCUGGGAUGUCUCUCAGACUCCUUCAGUUGCAUUUACUAUUAUUAAAACUAAGUGACAUUCACUUGGAUUAGGUAAUAGGAAAGAACGUGAGGCUUUUCAGUGACUUUUAAUCCCAGGCUUUUUAAUCGCUGUUGGGCCUUUAUGUGCAAACUUAAAAACAAACUGUGUGCAAGUAUUGCACUGGCUGAAAGAUUGUGGUGGUGCAAAUUUCCUAGUCAGUUGUCAAUACAGAAUCUAGAAGCCCGUCUUGGAAAUGUGUGAUGCUUCUGACAUAGCGGGGGAAAAAUUAUGUGUACUUAUUCUCUCGUUGACCUUGUUUUGUUGUGUAGUAUUUAAGUGAAAGGAUUUUAGUCAUUCUCAUACUGAAUUUUCAAAAUUGAUAUUUACGUUCACCAUUUUUUAAGACGAUGGACAGAAGAGUUACUUUUCUUUGAUAAGUUUGACAUAGGACCUAUCACAUUUUUGAUGCUUUGAUCACAGUGCUGUCACUAGAACACUGGCAACUAGAAAUAUGCAAGGAGUAAGUAGCCUAACCACUUUAAUAAAAUGAUUUGAAGUGCUACAGGCAGUAUCUACAUUAGAUACCAAAUCAUAGUGUUUUGGUAUGUGAUUUGUUAGAGAAUGAUACGACUUUCUGAAAUACCAGUAGACUUCAGUGUUAAUAGACAUUAAUAUUUAAGUUGCUUUUAUGUCUUUAAACGUUUCAUUAAACAUUGGUUUCUGUUCUUAGCAUAAAUGCAUAUACUGUACUUUGAUCAUUUAUAUUGUAGAUAGAAACUUAUUUUACAGCAAAGUAGUCUUUACCUGCAGCAUAUUAUUGGCGGAAUGUUCCUUUAUUCUAAUUUUAUAUUGUUACAUAGGGUGGACAAAUACUUAGAAAGCAUAGGAAGAUGGAAUAGUAUAAAAUUAUUUGCUUAAAACUCUGGAAAUUAUAUGAUAAUUAAUUGGUAAAAUUUGUUACAUAAGUUACUA